AUGACCGCGCGCGUCGUGCCCUGGUCCGAGGGCUCGAGCGCGGUCCAACGACUCGUGCCGCCGCUGUCCUUCGCGCGGUACAAGGGCGAGGGCGGACGCAUCGGCGUCGUCGGCGGCUCCCUCGAGUACACGGGCGCGCCCUACUACGCGGCGGCGAGCACGCUGCAGGUCGGCGCGGACCUGUCCUGGGUCUUCUGCGCCGACAGCGCCUGCACGGCGAUCAAGAGCUACAGCCCGGAGCUCGUCGUCAUCCCCGCGUACGAGGCCGGCGGCGACGCCGCCGCGCAGAUGCUCCGGAACGUCGAGCCCUGGGCGCGGCGGCUCCACGGCCUGGUCGUCGGGCCGGGCCUGGGCCGCGACGCGCCCGUGCUCGCCGGCGCGGCGGCGCUCCUGACCUUGGCGGCGCGCGAGCUCGCGCUGCCCGUCGUCGUCGACGCCGACGGCCUGUUCCUCGUGUCCAACGAGCCGGACCUCGUGCGCGGCCUGUCGAACGUCGCGCUGGUGCCGAACGCGCCCGAGUUCGCGCGCCUGCGGGCCGCGGUCUGCCCGGAGGCGCCGCCGCCGCCGCCGGGCGAGGGCGACGACGCGUCGCUCGCGCGCCGCGCGCGCGAGGUCUCCGAGGUCGCGCGGGCCCUCGGCGGCGUCACGGUCGUCAGCAAGGGCCGCGUCGACGUCAUCAGCGACGGCGCGUCGACCAUCGCCGUCGACGAGGCGAGCUCGCCGCGGCGCUGCGGCGGCCUCGGGGACCUGCUCUCCGGGUCGCUCGCCGUGCUCUGGGUCUACGCGCACCGCGCCGAGGGGCACUUCGUCCACGCCGGCGCGCCGCCGCGGCUCUGGGCCGCCUACGGCGCCUGCGUCGCCGCGCGGCGGAGCGGCGCCGCGGCCUUCGCGGCGAAGCGGCGCGCCAUGACCGCGCCGGACGCGCUCGCCGCGCUCGGCGCCGCGUUCGAGGGCAUGGUCCCCACGGUCGUAGAAGAUGCUUAA